AUGCCAAACGUCGGUCAAGCGCCUCCCAUCCUAGACUUCUCAAAGUUCUACCAAAACAACCCAGCAUCCAAGAAACAGCUCGUAGACGAAGUGCGAAACUGCUGCCUGCACAAUGGCUUCUUCCAGAUCACGGGUCACAACGUGCCAAUCGAGCUGCAAGACAGGAUGAUGGACUGGAACAAGAAGUUCUUCGAUCUACCACUGGAAGAGAAGAACAAAGUCAACAAAGACACAACCAACACCUGGAACCGGGGCUACGAGCUCCUCGAAUCGCAAAUCCUCGAAGCCGGCACCUCCCCCGAACUAAAAGAAGGCUUCUACAUCGGCGACGAAAUCCCAAAAACGCACCCCUACUUCCUCAACAAGAAGCUCAACUCCGGGCCCAACAUAUGGCCGUCCUCUACCUCCCUACCAAAAGUCCAAGACUUCAAAGCCACAUCCUUGGAAUACUACGCCGCCGUCGUCUCCCUCGCAAAAGACAUCUUAAAAGUCCUCGCCUUGACACUCGAUUUGGAAGAAACCUACUUCAACGCCUUCGCCACAGGCGCAGUAGCAACAAUGCGCCUCCUGCACUACCCGCCCCAACCCCCGUCCAGCCCCAGCCACCUCACCCGCGGAAUAGGCGCGCACACAGACUUCGGCUGCAUAACCAUCCUCCUCCAAGACACCGUCUCCGGGCUGCAAGUCUACGACCACGCCACGAAAGAAUGGCUCGACGUAACACCCACGCCCGGCGCUUUCGUCAUCAACCUAGGUAACCUGAUGAUGCGGUGGACUAACGACCGGUAUGUGAGUAAUCUGCAUCGUGUUAUCAAUGUGAGUGGGCAGGAGAGAUAUAGUAUUCCGGUGUUUUUUAGCGGGAAUCCGGAGUAUGUGGUGGGUUGUUUGCCGAAUUGUAGGGGGGAGGGGGAGGGGGUGAGGUGGAAGGAGAUUACGGUUGAAGAGGCGAUUUUGGGGGGGUAUAGGGAGAGUUAUGGGAGGGCGGAGGAGUGGAAGAGGGGUCAGGAGGAGACGAGGAAAGGGGAGGAUGCGGUUGUUAGGCAGGAGGUGGUCGUUGCGUAG